CCCAGGUUCCCAUGCCCCCUGCCCACCCCUGCAGCUCAGCCAUGACUGCCAAGGUGAAGGUGACGGGGCAGAACCAGAAACAGUUUUUGCUGCUCGCCAAGUCGGCUAAAGGUGCUGCGCUGGCCACACUCAUCCACCAGGUGUUAGAGGCCCCCAGAGUCUACGUGUUUGGGGAACUGCUGGAUAUGCCUAAUGUCAGAGAGCUUGCAGACACCGACUUCGCCUCCACCUUCCGGCUGCUCACGGUGUUCACCUACGGGACCUAUGCUGACUAUUUAGCUGAAGCCCACAACCUGCCCUCACUCACGCAGGCACAGAAGAAUAAGCUUCGACACCUCUCAGUGGUCAGCCUGGCUAAUAAAGUCAAGUGCAUCCCGUACACAGUGCUGCUCGAAGCCCUGGCCCUGCGCAACGUGCGGCAGCUGGAAGACCUGGUGAUUGAGACUGUGUAUGCCGACGUGCUUCGCGGCUCCCUGGACCAGCGCAACCAGCGCCUGGAGGUAGAUUACAGCAUCGGGCGGGACAUCCAACACCAGGACCUCAGUUAA